GCCCCCGCGGUCAUGCGUGGAGGAGUAUCGUGCUGCUAUUGACCCAACGGAUUACUCACAGGAACUGAAAGAAAGGACGAUGAGUGCAGAAGCUGCUGACCGGGAAGCUGUCACCUCUAGCCGACCAUGCACCCCCCCUCAGACCUCCUGGUUUGAGUUCCUGUUAGAAGAGUCUCUGCUGGAGAAACAUCUGAAAAAAGUUUCUCCUGUAGAUCCAUCACCAGUUCAGCUGAUCGUCCAGUUUUUGGAGCAGGCUUCCAAACCUUUGGUGAAUGAACAGAAUCAGGUUCAGCCUCCACCUGAUAAUAAGAGAAACCGUAUUUUAAAAUUACUUGCUCUGAAAGUUGCUGCACAUUUAAAGUGGGAUUUGGAUAUACUAGAGAAAAGUUUAUCGGUCCCUGUACUGAACAUGCUACUGAAUGAACUGCUGUGCAUUAGUAAGGUUCCUCCAGGAACUAAACAUGUAGAUGUGGACCUUGCCAGUUUACCUCCAACCACUGCAAUGGCUAUACUGCUCUACAAUAGAUGGGCUAUUAGGACCAUAGUCAAAAGUAGCUUUCCUGUCAAGCAAGUGAAACCUGGUCCACCUCAGUUAAAUGUAAUGAAUCAGAUUCAACAAGAAAAGGAAGUAACAGAUAAUAUUUUGAAAGUGCUAAAAGAGCAGGCUGCCGAUUCCAUUCUGGUGCUAGAAGGAGCACUCCAAUUAAAUAAAGAUCUUUACAUUCACACAAUAAGGACUCUAGAUUUGCUUGCAAUGGAACCUGGUAUGGUUAACGGAGAAACAGAGAGUUCUACAGCUGGAUUCAAUAUCAGUGCUGAUGAAAUGCAGUGCCAGGUCUGUUAUGAUUUAGGGGCCAUCUACUUUCAGCAAGGUUCCACAAACUCUGAUCUGUAUGGAAAAGCCAGAGAUAAAUUUUUUAGAACCAAAGAACUGAUUUCCAAGAUUGGCUCAUCACUUCAUUGCAUCAUAGAUGAAAAGAGGUUAGUUGGUUACUGUCAAGCAUGCGGAGUUCUUGCACCUUCUGACAAUAACUCACAACCAUCAACUCCUUACAGUCAAAUCCAUAGCUGCCUACGAUCUGGCAAUUAUCAGGAACUAGUGAAGAUUUUUCUUGAAGAUAACCAAACACCCACUUUACCUGUUCAGUUCAGACAAUCAGUGCUAAGGGAGCUCUCCCAGAAAGCUCAACAAGGGGAAGGUGUGCUGGAUGAAAUAUGUUUCAAGGUGUGUGCAUGCAACAGUGUUUGUGAUGUUAUGCAGGGCCGACCAGUUGGUGUCCAGUUUAACCAGUUGUUUCUUAGACCCACCAAAGAAAAAAUAGACUUUCUUCUUGAGGUGUGUUCAAAAUCAAUACAUGUAGAAAGUGCUUCUGAAUCUUCAAAAAGGAAAAUAGCCUAUUUUCUGAAGAAUCUGUGUUUGGGUUUGGAAGAUCUCCAGCUUGUCUUCAUGAUUUCCUCCCAUGAACUCUUCAUAGCAUUACUAAAAGAUGAUGAACGAAAGCUUCUCAUUGAUCAAAUGAGGAAAAGGUCACCUCGAGUCAACCUAGGCACUAAGCCUAUAACUUCAUUCUACGAUAUUCCAGCCUCAGCAAGUGUGAAUAUUGGUCAGCUGGAGCACCAACUUAUAUUAUCAGUGGAUCCCUGGAGAAUCCGACAGAUUUUAAUUGAGUUGCACGGCAUGACAUCAGAACGCCAGUUCUGGACAGUAUCUAACAAGUGGGAAGUACCAAAUGUUUAUGGCAACGUUAUCCUAGGAAUUAAAGAUAGUUUGACAAGAGAUUUGGUCUACAUCCUAAUGGCCAAAGGGCUACAUUGCAGUACAAUCAAGGAUUUUAUCCAUGCGAAACAGCUCUUUGCUGCUUGCCUUGAACUUGUGACAGAGUUUUCUCCAAAGCUGCGUCAAGUCAUGCUGAAUGAGAUGCUACUUCUGGACAUUUAUACCCACGAAGCAGGAGCAGGGCUUUCAGGAGAACGCCCUCCCUCUGACCUGAUCAGCAGAGUUCGAGGGUACUUAGAAAUGAGGGUGCCUGAUAUUCCUCUUCGGCAAGUUGUAGCGGAGGAGUGUGUUGCCGUUUUGUUAAAUUGGCGGGAGAAUGAGUACUUAACAAUGCAGGUUCCUCUCCCUUUGGUUCAGGCCAAUCCUUAUGUGAAGUUAGGACAGCUAUUGGCAGCCACGUGUAAAGAUCUUCCUGGACCAAAAGAAAGUAGACGAGCAGCUAAAGACCUCUGGGAGGUUGUUGUACAGAUCUGCAGUGUCUCCAACCAACACAAACGAGGGAAUGAUGGCAGAGUGAGUUUAAUAAAGCAGAGAGAGUCAACUUUAGGCAUUAUGUACAGGAGUGAACUGCUCUCUUUUGUCAAAAAGUUACGGGAACCUCUGGUUUUGACGACAAUAUUAUCCUUAUUUGUCAAGCUGCAUAAUGUUCGGGAAGACAUUGUGAAUGAUAUCACAGCAGAACAUAUUUCAAUUUGGCCAUCAUCUAUUCCUAACUUACAGUCUGUGGAUUUUGAAGCUGUAGCUGUUAGUAUCAAAGAGCUUGUCAGUUAUGCACUGACUAUAAAUUCAAACAAUCACUACUGGUUAAUUAUUCAAGCAGAUAUUUAUUUUGCAACUAAUCAGUACUCGGCUGCCCUUCACUACUAUCUUCAGGCAGGAGCUGUGUGCUCAGAUUUCUUUACCAAGAUGGUACCACCUGAUGUAUAUACCGAUCAGGUGAUAAAAAGAAUGAUAAAAUGUUGUUCUCUGCUCAAUUGCCAUACACAGGUAGCGAUUUUAUGCCAGUUCCUUCGAGAAGUAGAUUAUAAAACUGCAUUUAAAGCACUUCAGGAGCAAAACAGUCAUGAUGCUAUGGACUCUUACUAUGACUACAUCUGGGAUAUUACCAUCUUGGAAUAUUUGACAUAUCUUCAUCAUAAGCGAGGAGAGACAGACAAGAGACAAAUAGCGAUUAAAGCUAUCGGACAGACUGAGUUGAAUUCUAGUAAUCCAGAAGAAGUACUACAGCUUGCUGCUCAAAGACGGAAAAAGAAGUUUCUUCAAGCAAUGGCAAAACUUUACUUUUAAAGCCCUCUUUGUAAUGUAGCGGUAUUGAAAUGCAGCAGCUACAAGAUACUCCCAAUACUUUAUUUAACUCAUGACUUUUUUUACAAUACAUAUUUAUAAACA